GGAGCAUUCGUGAUAAGAUCGGCAAAAAAGGCAGAAAAAAUGUCUUUGAAUGUCGGGGUGCUGGGGCAUGUGGAUAGUGGGAAGACAACUUUGACAAGAGCUCUCGCUGAAAUGGCAUCAACUUCAGCAUUCGACAAGCACGCUGAAAGUGGUGGAAGGAGAAAUACUCUUGAUCUUGGUUUUUCUUCUUUAACUGUUGCCGGGCGUAGACUUGCUCUGGUCGAUUGUCCAGGUCAUGCUGGUCUCAUAAAAGCCGUGUUGGCUGCAAGUACCGUUUUCGAUAUGGCGUUAGUGGUAGUGGAUGCAUCAUCUGGUAUUCAACCGCAGACUUCGGAACAUCUCCUGCUAUGUUCUAUCUUUUGUCCAAACCGAGUAGUGAUAGUGCUGAACAAGAUCGAUUUGGUGAAGAAGGAUGAGGUGAUGUACAUUCUCUACCAGAGUGCUCGGGAAGUUUCGAGGGAAAUUUGCUCAUUCUGA